AUGAGCGCAGACAACCCGCAUCAAAAGUCUGCUCCAAAUUCUGUACCAGCAAUUACUGCGCAAGUCCCGACGUCAAGUGUGGCAACGGCAAGUCAUUUAAACAAGCAGGAUGACAUGCGUAUAUCAGAUGUUCCGUAUGCAGCAGCACAGCCGACGCCUGCUGCGUUGAUGAAGACAGAACCGAUAAAGGUGUCAUCUACACUUCCGCCCAUCGCGGCGGCGCAACCACUGGCUAGCUUCAACCAGAACCAGUUCCAUUCGCUUGAUGGGAGCAGCGAUUCAAGCAGUCCACACAUAUAUCAAAGCGGUCUCAAUAACACAAAUACGAACCACGUUGUAAUGGUUACGAGCGUGGACCCGGUUGGGUCUGCUGGCGAUACUGAAACUGACAGCAGGCAUUUCACAUACUUGCAUAAGUGUCAAUUGAUGGCGAGCUGCUUGUUGGUGUUUUAUGCCGCGACUUUUUUGUUCCUGCAACCUUUUUUACUAGGCGCGUUGGGACUACUAACAAGCAUUUUGGGUUUUUGCGGCUCGCGGGCGCCUAUCGAUGCGACGCGAUUCAAGUGGCUUUGCUAUUAUUUAUGGGCAAACUAUGUCAUGCUGAUUCUCAACAUGUGGCUGCUAAUUGUGACGCUCGUCUUCUCUGGGGGUGUUUUCAGUAGUGACUCUUGGGAUUAUUCUACCAGCACUGGGCUCUACGUGGGGCUUUUAGUGGCGGUUAACACACUGAUGCAUCUGCGCUGUCUGCGAAGUGUGCAGCUCUUGGUUGCCGAGCUCAAAAAUGCCGGAAUCGAUCGGCCUGCUCCCGUCGUGAUGCUUGCGACCGCCAAUCCCACUUUAGCCGUAUAG